GAGAAUAGACGGAGCUAUCACGGAGAUCAAAGUUUCACACAAUCCCAUCAGUUUAUGCAGAGACAGAACUUAACAUUUGAAUGAGACGAUGUCUUAACUACAGACAAACUCAAGGGACAAUGUGUUUAGGAUAACAGUUAAGGCUGGGGAUAAGCCCCUAGAGAGUGACACUGCAAGCGUAUUUCUUACACUUUCCGCGGAUGGAAAUAAGGCACCGAAACUAAAGCUGGAAGCACGCUUCCAAAAAGAUUUUUCACGUGGCCAAACAUAUACGUACAACGUACCAAACGUUCAGUUACCUUCCGAAGUUGACAGUAUAGAACUGGUCAAGUGUGAAACAGAUGACAAAGGAGACUGGUAUAUCGACACAGUAAAAGUUGAAAAUAUGCAAACUGAAUGGAGUAAGGAAUUUCCAGUUUUUCGUAGAAUAACGUCGAAUGAAUCAUACACCAUUCACGGUCACGACACCUUCUUACCAAAUGACGAUUUCUACAAAACACAUCCAGAGAUGCUGGAAAAAAGAAAGCGCAAACUAAAGGAGGCGAGGCAGGAUUUCGUGUAUAAACAUGAAGAUGGGCUGCCGGUAAUGGUCAAGAAAAUACCUUACCAAGAAUGGUUUUCAUUUGGUUACGCGAUGGACCUUACUUGUGAACUUGUUAAACUAUAUUUUGUUGGACUUGACAACGACGAUUGGGGGGAUAAAAUCGAGGAUUUCAAGGACCUUUAUACGCAUCGUCCUUUAAUUGCACCCAGCGAUUUAGAAAGAUGGACGAGCGACGAAAAGUUUGGGUUACAACGCCUACUAGGCGUUAACAGCAAUGCUAUUCGUCGGGUGAAAGACAUGGCCGAACUGAAAAAGCUUCAAGUUCAUGAACACGACUUGGUACUUGCUUCGGAGAAGCUCACAGUCAAGGAUGCCUUCACUGCAAAGCGACUUUUUAUCGUGGAUCACGGCAUUCUUCAAGACUGCCCAACUAUCGCUGAGGUCAUUCUCUGUUGUCCAAUAGCUCUUUUUGUCCGACGAAGUGAUGGCAUGAUCGUGCCGGUAGCGAUACAGCUUUUUCAGAAUAAAAGUAAAAAUAAUCCAGUAUUUCUGCCCAGUGAUGACGAGAAAACCUGGCAACUGGCCAAGAUGUGGUUCAACAACGCAGAUGCGCAAGUGCACCAAUCUAUUUCCCAUCUUGGGUACACACAUCUGAUUAUGGAAGGCUUCGCAGUCGCCGCACACCGUCAUCUAUCCACAUCUCACCCGAUAUUCAAGCUACUGGCUCCCCAUUUUCUUUAUCUGAUGAAGAUAAACAUGUUAAGCAUCAAAAGGUUACUUGGAAAAGGGGAAGUUCUUGAUGAAGUUAUGUCUUCAGGCGCAGUUGGUGGUAAACAUAUGAUAGCUAAAUUCCACAACCAAUGGCGUUUGAACGUUGAAGGUACCCUCCCGGCAGAUUUGAAAGCUCGUGGGGUAGAAGACAAGGAAGUCAUUCCCAAUUAUCCGUUCAGAGACGAUGCUUUGCUUACUUACAACGCUAUCAAACGGUAUGUUGGUAUGUACGUCAAUCUGUAUUACGCAUCUGACAAAGUCUUACAGAAUGACUACGAGGUACAGGACUGGCGACAUGAUAUGGACCUCCCAAUACCAAGCGGUGGACUCGGCGUUGCAGAUGUCCCAGGAAACAACGGAAUGUUUCAAACCAGACAUGAAUUGACACUUGUGGUGACAAGUAUCAUUUACACAUGCAGCGUCGGGCAUGCAGCCGUGAACUUCAAACAGUACGAAGAGUACGCCUUCCCCUUGAACUACCCGUCGAAACUGAAUGGGACACCUCCGACAGACAAAAGGGAGCGCACUGAACGGGACAUUAUUGCAAUUCUUCCUCCGAAACCUAAGCAUUUCAAGCUUAUGAAAGUCGCUAACAUAUUGAGCAAUCGCGAAACAAAGGCUCUCGGAGAUUUCGAAGUAGACUACAUUCAAGACCCAGAUGCUUUAGAGUUGGUUAACAUGUUUCGGAAGGAACUCGAAACGGUGAGUCAAACGAUCAAGGAGAGGAAUAAACAAAGACCCCAAGAGUUACAGUACGCUUAUCUGGACCCCCAAAGCAUCCCUAACUCUAUCAGCAUAUAGAAACCAUGAAAGGAAUAUUGAUCGCCAUGAUAUGAGCUAGUUUAUGUGUUUAUGUUGAUUUUGCUGUCGGUUUUUCGAACCGAAUAGUCAUGGAAAGUGUACCACAGAAAUAAAUAACCUUUUUAACUAAUACACCUGUUUGGUCUAACUUAGUAGAACUAAAGUCUAAUUUGAAGGUUUACUGUUCUCAUCUGACUAUACUUCAAUUGUACACAUAUACUUGUAUUAGUGUUCAUCGGAAAGUGCAACAUAUUAGCUACAUAUUGCUUACUUUUAAGCUGACAAUUUAAACAAUUGUGACGCUUUGUUUUAACGUUUUAUGUUAUAUAUUUUUUUAUAUUCAAAUUGGGUGUUUGCUGUUGUUUCUAUAAGUGUGGUGUGUUGAUCAAUAUGCUAAAUAACUUUAGUGUGUCUGCGCUUCGUCACUCUGCAUACAUUUGUUUUAAACUGGUUAUUUCUUUAGUGUGGUCAGAAGUUGGCCAAAAUGUGUUACAUAUUUCAUGCGUCAAUAUCUCUUCAUAAUUUAUCUGAAGAAGUUAAAUCAUUUCAUUGUGCAAAUAAGCUCAGAUAACUUGUCGACAACUUAUCGAUUUAUAUUCUAGGUUGCAAUUUAAUAUAUGUGAGUGGUAGGUUAUUCUUAGAUUACUGUUGUUAAAUAUUUUGAUGUAUCUAAUUGAUACACACAUAGUUUUGUAAAAAAAUCAGUGUAUGUUUGAAGUGUGUUUCUGCUAUGUAUACGUAAAAAGUCAAUACUAGGUUUCUUUAAAAGUCGUAUUCUAUGGCAUAUGUUUUUUCAUGUAAGACGCUUAUUCUUGCAAAGUGUUUUCCUUUAUCAACGCACUAUCAUUUAAUGCACACCCUUUUGUGUAAUAUUGCUUUCUAAGUUAAUUCGGAUGUUAGCAGUAGUGUUUAUAACUGUGUUGUGAACAUCAUUGUAAAAUGGCUUCAUUUGUCGGUAUCGUGUAAUUUUAAAUCUGACAUUUUAAGGUGAUGUAAUUUGACGCCAACUUUUUAAAAAAAUAUCACCGCAUACUAAUUAAAUAUACAUUUUCUGUGUAAUACCUUUCUAUAUUAAGUUUGGUCAGGUUUGCAGUGCCAUUCUGUCUAUUAUUUCAUGAAAUCAAUUUCAUUACCAUAAAUUUCAAGUAUCGUUUAAAAUGACUUGAAUUUGUUAACGUUUUUUAAAUACUUUUUAAACGUGUCUCUACAGGUUGUUAGUACCCUUACAGGAUUUAAGCUUAAUCCAUCAAUAAACCUAUUAUUAAAAAUGAAGAUCAGGGGCUAUCUUAUCAACGAGUGUUCUACAUCAUGUCAUACGAUCCAAAAUGUAGCAGGAUCCAAAUUUCGUAGGAUCAUGAUUUUCCAUUGAAUACAAAGCGAGUGUCAGAAAUCAAAAUUAAAUAUUAACUUUUAAAUCUAAACAAGCAUUGAAUGAUAUUUCCAGUCAAAUUGUUUAUUUCAAAAUUUACUUCAUUACAACCAAGAGUUAAGGAUACACAAAUUCAGUCAUACGUACGAUCGUUCAAAAGAUGGUUCCUACAUUACUGCACAAAUGGAAAUACUCAUAGUGAUUUUAAUAAUGAGGGGUACAUAUUGUUAUACUUAUUCAACUUCUACAUACCAACUAAUGUCAUCUUGCUAAAUUGGGACUUGUACGUAUCAUCAUUUAUUUUGUGUCGUUGUUUUUUCUACCUUCGCAUCUUUGCUUUUUUAAUGCAAAAUAUUAUCUAACAUGCGAUCUAAGAAAGCAGAUCUUAAAUUGCAGAGCUGAGAAGCGGAUUUUAAAGAUUGUUUUUGAAUUGUCAACCUACGUGGUGUCGCAUCUGCCUUGUGAUUUAACGCACACUCUUUCGAAAUAUGUUAAGCUCCAAUGUGUUCAGUGUCAAUCCUAAGACUUCCAUGUGACCUACAGUUUUGUUUCUGCACAUUCAAAACAUGUGGCAAGUCAAAGACGUUUGAUGUAUUACAUGUAUACGUGUCAUUGUUAUGUUAGCAGGGCAAACAAUAUAAGGUAUGCACGGCAAACUAUUAUUUCCUAACGUUUAUUAUACCGAUAUCUAUAACGUGUUAGUCGGCCAUCGAGAGUUAACGUCAUUUCUGCACUCUUUAAAGAACACUUGAACACGCUAUUGCCAAAGCGUAUAUUUGGUGU